AUGACCGGUCCAGCGUCCGAAGUAACAGCAACAACAACCAAACGUACCCAUCCGCAGCUGAGCCAAAGCGUCAGCGCCGUCUCCGCCAGUCGUGUGGCCAAACCCAACGCCAGUCGCGUCUCUACUUACCGCAGCUGUGCUACCAAUAAGGUCACAACGCACGUCCACAAGCCGCCGUCUUCUGUGCGCGCAGCUACGAAAUGGUACUCGGCCGAUUUCGUUCCGAAGCCGCUGCCAUCUGCCAAGACGAGACGCAACAGCACAAAGACCGCCCGACUGCGCAAGUCCAUCACACCCGGUACGAUCCUCAUCCUGCUCUCUGGCCGCUUCCGUGGCAAGCGCGUGGUGUUCCUCAAGCAGCUGCCGUCCGGUACGUUGCUCGCCACGGGUCCGUACAAAGUGAACGGUGUGCCGCUGCGUCGGGUGAACCAGUCGUUUGUCAUUGCGACGUCGACGCAGAUCGACCUCGCGGACGUUCCGUUGCCAGCGAUUGACGACGCGUACUUUACAAAGGACCGGCGGGCCACGAAGCGCAGCAGGGAGGAAGAGUUCAUGGCAGCGCAACAAUCGCUGAUGCCGCCGCCGCCUGUAGUUGCCGAGCAGCGCAAGAAGGAGCAACAUGCAGUGGACGCUCUGCUGAUGCAGAAACUGGCAACCGAGCCCUAUCUGCGCGCAUACCUGAACGCCAAGUUCACGCUGACGAAGAACGAUCGUGUGCACGAUAUGCGCUUCUGA